AGAAGAAAUUGCAAAAUGAACAUUUUGCCAGGGACGGCAUCUCUUCUUGAAGAACUUGACAAAAAACUUAUGGUUUUACUAAGAGAUGGCAGAACCUUAAUUGGAUACCUUAGAAGUGUUGAUCAAUUUGCUAAUAUUGUGCUUCAUCGUACAAUUGAAAGAAUUCAUGUUGGCAAAGAAUAUGGAGACAUCCCAAGAGGCAUUUUUAUUGUGAGAGGAGAAAAUGUUGUGCUUUUAGGAGAAAUAGACAGAGAUAAAGAAAGGGAUUUACCAUUAACUGAAGUAUCUGUAGAUGAUAUUUUGGAUGCACAAAGACGAGAACAAGAAUUAAAACAGGAUCAAAAACGACUAAUAAAUAAAGCUUUGAAAGAACGAGGUUUAUCAUAUAUUCCAGAUAUGGGCCAUGAUGACAUGUUCUGA